GCAGCAGCAGCGCGUGCCCCACCCUAAGCCCAGGCGGGGCAGCUCGGGGUGGCCAGGGUGGGCAACCGUUCCUCGAAGUCGAGGGAGGAGCCCCUCGGAGAGGGGUGGAUUGAGGGGUGCGGUGGGAACCAUGAGAUCCGAGAAGUCGCUGGCCCUGGCGGCGCCUGGGGAGGUGCCAGCACCCGAAGGAGAGCAACAGGGCGCGGGAGACUUCCCGGAGGAGGCGGGCGGUGGCAGCAACGUUGGUGGCGGCGGUGGAGGAUCGGGGGGCUGCUGUAGCAGCGAGCGGCUGGUGAUCAACAUUUCGGGGCUCCGCUUCGAGACGCAGCUGCGCACCCUGGCCCUCUUCCCCGACACGUUAUUGGGGGACCCGGGCAGGCGCGUCCGCUUCUUCGACCCGCUGCGUAACGAGUAUUUCUUCGACCGCAAUCGACCCAGCUUCGACGCCAUCCUCUACUACUACCAGUCGGGGGGGCGACUGCGGCGCCCCGUUAACGUGCCCCUGGAUAUCUUCCUGGAGGAGAUCCGCUUCUACCAGCUGGGGGACGAGGCUCUGGCCGCCUUCCGAGAGGACGAGGGUUGCCUACCCGAAGGUGGAGAGGAUGAGAAGCCUCUCCCCUCGCCUCCUUUCCAGCGCCAGGUCUGGUUGCUCUUCGAGUACCCCGAAAGCUCGGGCCCCGCGCGGGGUAUCGCCAUCGUGUCCGUCUUGGUCAUCCUCAUCUCCAUCGUGAUCUUUUGCCUGGAGACGCUGCCCCAAUUCCGGGCGGAUGGUGGUCGUGGAGGAGGCGCUGGUGGUGGGAACCACCACAUCUCCCCGGGGGCCAAAGGGAGCCAGGAGGAAGAAGAAGAUGAUACCGAUGAGGCCUAUUCCUUCCAUCCUGGUGGAGGAGGUGGAGGUGGCAUGUCCCCCGGAGAUGUGGUGGUGGCCGGGGGUUCCUCUUUGCUGAGCACUCUGGGGGGCUCCUUUUUCACCGACCCCUUCUUUCUGGUGGAGACCCUCUGCAUCGUCUGGUUCACCUUCGAGCUGCUCGUGCGCUUCUCCGCCUGCCCCAGCAAGCCCGCUUUUUUCCGCAACAUCAUGAACAUCAUCGACCUGGUGGCCAUCUUCCCCUAUUUCAUCACUUUGGGGACCGAACUGGUCCAGCAACACGAGCAGUCCUCGGGCGGUGGAGGUGGCCAGAACGGGCAGCAGCAGCAGGCCAUGUCGCUGGCCAUCCUCAGGGUCAUCCGCCUGGUGCGCGUAUUCCGCAUCUUCAAGCUCUCCAGGCACUCCAAAGGCCUCCAGAUCCUGGGCAAGACCUUGCAGGCGUCCAUGCGCGAGCUGGGCCUGCUCAUCUUCUUCCUCUUCAUCGGUGUCAUCCUCUUCUCCAGCGCUGUCUACUUCGCCGAGGCCGACGACGAUGACUCGCUCUUCCCCAGCAUCCCCGACGCCUUCUGGUGGGCCGUGGUCACCAUGACCACGGUGGGCUACGGUGACAUGUAUCCCAUGACUGUUGGGGGCAAGAUCGUGGGCUCUCUAUGUGCCAUUGCUGGCGUCCUCACCAUCGCCCUGCCGGUGCCCGUCAUCGUGUCCAACUUCAACUACUUCUACCACCGAGAGACCGAGCAGGAGGAACAAGGCCAGUACACGCAUGUCACUUGUGGGCAGCCGGCCCCUGACCUGAAGGCCACUGACAAUGGGCUUGGCAAACCCGAGUUGUCUGAGGCACCCCGGGAACGGAAAUCCAGCUACCUCCCCACGCCCCACCGUGGGUGCGCCUCGGAGAAAAGAAUGCUUACCGAGGUCUGACUCUGGCCCAGCAGGGGUCUACCCAGGAAGGAGGCCUCUGGGCUGCUUCUUCCUGUACCCCUGCAUCCAACAGGGUCUCCAGGACUAUACACCCCCUUUGUUGCUUGAUUCCUGCCGCCUUCCAGGUUUCUCCACGGAAAUGACUUUAUUUUAUUUAUUUAUUUUUUUUGACACUCCAAUGGUGCCAUCUUCUAUCCCAUGGGUAAGAUUUUCGCCCGACUUCCCCUUCUCCUCCGCCCUCCCCUGCCAGCAAGACUCUGGUUUUUCACCUUUGGGACCUGUAUGUAGUCGAGGUCUAGAAAUGUCAGAGGAUGGAAAGAAAAGCAGGUGGCCUGGGUUCUGUGGUUGUCUCUGGGUUAGGGUCGCGUGUAUGCCAGUCUUCGCGUCCAGCCCAGUGCCAACCAGCAGAAGCUGGUGAAAGGGGUGAAUGCCUGCUCCUUUGCCUGUUUUGUGCUAGUCCUAGAAUUCCUGCAGAUGACCAUCGGGAGAGCUUUUAGUGCCUGGCUGAGUGCAGUAACUGUCUUUUAUUGGGGAUGGACUGAAGUAGAAGCUCUGCUAUUGCAAGGGCUUUUUGGAGGACCUGGGGAGAGGGCAUGUGUGUGCGUGUGUGAAGUCACUUAUAAGUUGAAGGGGUGGUUGGUUCAUUCAGGUGCAUCCAGGGAUGGUAAGCAGCAGUCUGGGAUCAACCUGUAUGCCACCUUUCCAAAUCCCUUUAUCUGCUCCAGCUCCCAGGAAGGUUCCGUAUUAUUUUUUUGAACUGUCCAGGUAUCUUGGACUGUGCAAGUGCCUUCCUGUGCUGAGGAGCUGGGAAAAGGGAGACAUGGAGCUAGGAGAAAUGGCAAAGCAGGCUCAAGCCACUGGCCUACUCAUAGCCCUGCAGACAGGUGCCAUUUAAACAAAUCUGCCCCUUACAACUUCUAGUGCUUAGGGCUAGAGGAAUUUGUUUCUCUCUCUAUGUCUCCCAGCCUUGGCUAGUCUUCCAUGUCCUUCCUUCCUGGGACUUUCUCCUCUAGAAAAACCCUCAGCCCCUUCUUGGAAAAGCACCCAUGACUAUUAAGUGGGAUUUCUUCCCAUUUCAUCAGCUAUGAGAUGGGUUGAGAGGAAGGAAGAUGCAAUGAUUGAUUGCAAGCUGACAGCCUUGGUUUUCUGCUGAGUCAGACCAACAGUGGCUUGGCCAGCCCCACCCCACACUGGAAGCUGUAGCCCCCCCAUAUUUUCACCCUGUGCAGGAAGGGAACCUGCAAAUAUAGGUAUUAUUCCUUCCCGCUCAAAACCACUUUCCUCCAUCCAGCUUUCUUCCCACUGCUCCCCCCCUUUCUCCUCUAAUAACCUUGCCAUUCUUUUAUUGCCUUGAUCAGCUGUGAUGUACUGUUCUGAGCUCUCUGGGCCCAGUUCAGACUCCCUUCCUCUUCCAAUCCCCCACUAGCUUCCCACCCCCUCCAUAAAAGAACUACUAGCCCCUUUUGAUUUCAACAACGAUGUUUUCACAC